GGAGAGUGGCAGGGGAUCAAUAACCCCACAGACCUCCAGUUAUCAAGAGAAGGGACUGCUGAGUCGAGGAGGAGUGAGGGAGUGGAACGAGGCAGGAUAAUGAGGAAGAGCAGGUCGAAUCUCUGGAGAGAGCGAGAGAGGGCUCUGUGCAUGCAGCAUCCCUCAGUCUCUAUCUCUUUAAGAGCUCAGAAGGAGUGUGUUCACUGUACGUGUGUGUGUGUGUACGUGUGGGGGAAGGGUAUUGGCUGGGGUGGAACAGUCCUGUAAUGAGCAGAUUUUAGAGAGAGAGAGAGAGAGGCAGAAAAACAGGAGAGGGCAGAUGACUUGGUGGAAUCCGGAUACAACAACAAUCCACAUUACAGCGAUCGCAGAAAGGGAAGACGGAGAGAGAGAGAGAAAAAAAAAGAGGAAUAAUUUAUUUUUCAUCUUGGCUCGUCCGUAGGUUGCAGAGAGAUUUAGAGUGAGCGAUUGACAGUGUGUUAUGUCUGCUGAGGUGUGUGUGUUUGUGUGUCUCUGAGCGUUAGCCUGAUUCCAGGCCAUGCUUCUCUGCUCCUCUGAUUUUUAUUAAUGGCGUUGGGGGGUGAAGCAGCAGCAGCAGCAGUGACGGCGGUGUCUGUGUGCCGCUUCCCUCUGUGAGCUGCAGGUGCAGCAGCGAUGUUGGAGAUGCUGUAAUGUCUGACUGAGCUGCUACUGCUGCUGCUCUGAGGGCCUCUGGGACUGCUGCUGGAAAAGCCUAGGCCUCGCUUGUCUGAAGCCAGCACCGGGCUGAGCUCAGCUCCCCGGCUGAGAGUGAGGCAGGAAGGUGGAGGAGGACGAGAGUCGCUCUGCCCAUGGGGAGCAGCAAGCGCGGCUGCUGCCACUGUCACUCCAGAGCCGUCACUGAGGCUGGGAUUGCUUCUCCAUCACGAGGUGAUGCUCUUUGUUUUCACAGCGAGGAGCGAGUGUUUUACACCCUGAGCUAACAGCAGAGGGAGAGUCGAGGCCGCGCUCCUCCUCCAUGCUGCCUGAUUCAGGCGAGGCCUCCUCCCUCCUCCCUCCCUCUGACUGAACCAGGCCCUUGUUUUUUUUCCCUUUUUCUUGACAUUCUAAGGAUUUGCCUAAACCUGUUUCAUGCAUGUCCACUGGAGGCAGGUUUGACUUUGAUGAUGGGGGGUCGUACUGCGGGGGGUGGGAGCAGGGGAAAGCCCACGGCCGGGGCGUCUGCACUGGGCCCCAGGGUCAGGGCGAGUAUGCCGGGGCCUGGAGCCACGGCUUCGAGGUCCUGGGCGUAUACACAUGGCCCAGCGGAAACAGCUACCAGGGCACCUGGGCACAGGGCAAGCGACAUGGCAUUGGAGUGGAGAGCAAGGGCCGCUGGGAGUACAGAGGAGAGUGGACGCAGGGGUUCAAAGGCCGCUACGGGCAGCUGGAGAGCACGGCCAGUGGGGCCCGGUACGAGGGGACCUGGAGCAACGGGCUGCAGGACGGAUAUGGCACUGAAACCUAUUCUGAUGGAGGAACCUAUCAAGGCCAGUGGCUGGGCGGGAUGCGUCAUGGCUAUGGUGUGCGGCAGAGCGUGCCGUACGGCAUGGCGGCCGUCAUCCUCUUCCCCCUGCGAACAUCCAUAAACUCUCUGCGCUCCGAGCACAGCCACGGCCCUCCGGCUGUGCUACAGGACAGUGCUGCCACCACACCGACGGACGGGGUCGUGGCCGGACUGGCCGGGAGCCCGGUGGGCAGGGGCGGGUUCGCUCUGACGGCUCCAAGUGAAGCCGAACGCCAGAGGAAGCGAAAAGGCCGUUUCCGGCAGUCCAUCCUGAGCGGCCUGAAGCUGCGACGCUCCGAGUCUAAAAGCUCCCUGGCGAGUCAGCUCAGCAAGCAGAGCUCCUUCUGCAGUGAGGCCGGCAUGAGCACGGUUAGCUCUGCUGCGUCUGACAUCCACUCCAACGCAAGUGAGAGUGAGCAGGGCGCCCCUGUGGAUGCCACUGUCACCGAAAUGUACGCCGGGGAGUGGCGCAGCGACCAGAGGGCAGGCUGGGGCAUGAGUCGGCGCUCAGACGGCCUUCAUUACGCAGGUGAAUGGGCAGCGAACAAGAGGCAUGGGUACGGCUGCACCACCUUCCCCGACGGCACCAAGGAGGAAGGAAAGUACAAACAGAAUGUGUUGGUGAGCGGGAAACGCAAGAACCUGAUUCCACUGAGGGCCAGUAAGAUCAGAGAGAAGGUGGACCGAGCUGUCGAAGCCGCGGAGAAGGCCACAGACUUCGCCAAACAGAAGGCGGAGAUCGCCAUGUCCAGGAUGAGCCACGCUCGUGGGAAGGCGGAGGCGGCUGAAGGAGUGGCACAGAAGGCCAUGGAGGAGUGUCGACUGGCCCGCAUCGCUGCAAAAGAGCUCUCCCCCUCCUUUCACAUCUACGGCAAUGGUGACUCAACACCAGACCACACGAGGGGUCUUGAAUGUCAGCGGCCCAAGCAGCAGGACGCCAAGGACAAAGACCACGAGGUCAUCUCCACGGAAACGGACAGUCCGGAGCUGUGCACGCCUGACACCACGCCGCCUGUGAUCACGCCUGACCUGAGCCCCGUGCUGAGUGUACUCACGUCGCCCCCCCACAGUCCACCAAAGCACGCCCACCGCCCCAGAAAUGCUUGCUUCAUGCGCCAGAGUGCCGUGGAUGAUCAGGGUGGCGCCGAGAUCCAGGUGCUGGUGGAGGGGCGGGGGUUGGAUCUGCCGAAGGGAGGGGCUAACAACUGGAAUGACGAAAAGUACUUGGAGCAGGGGGGCAGCAGCCGCUCCACCACGCCGUCCCUCCUGGAGGAGCAGGAGGGCCAAGUCAACGGGCACGAGCAGGCGCCAGUGUCCAACCACAAACCGCCUGAGAAAUCCUUCUCCAAUCACAAGACCCGGGACCACGCCUCCUCCUACCGAGCGUGGGAGCACUCCUCAUCCAACCAAAAGCCCUCCAAGCAUGUCUCGUCCAAUCACAAGUCAAGGGAGUACUCGUCCUCCAAUCACAAAACAUGGGAUCAUUCCUCCACCAAUCACAAGCCCUGUGAUCACGCCUCUUCCAACUACAAGCCGCAGGUGCACAUUUUAUCCAAUCACAAGGCCUUGGAACAUAACAUGUCCAAUCACAAGACUUCUGAGCAUGCUUCCUCCAAUCACAAGUCCCAAGAUUAUAUCUACUCCAAUCAUAAUGCAAAGGACCACGUCUCUUCCUCCGCGUAUAACCCUCGAGAGCAUGUCUACUCCAACCACCAUCCAAAGCAGCACAACCCGUCCAACCACAAGCUUUCCAAGCAUGCUGUAAUCGACCAAAGGCUGGACGGCCUCACCGUGGGCUGGACUGCCGACAGCGCCCUCAGGUGGAGCCCCGCCCAUUCGCGCCUCACAGAGCAGGACGAGGAGAGGAUGAACGACUACACGGUGGACAUGCGGCUUCAGUGUGCGGACUCUCAAACUCCCCGAGGGGGGCCGGGCCCAGAGUCCCCGGCCCAGAAAAACAACAGGCUGCGGUCCCGCGGCCUCCGGCCGGUCCGAGAGGGAUCCAUGGACUCUGUACAGAUGCUGGACAACCUGAAUGUGGGGGCGGAGCUGGAGGAGUGGCCACUGCACAGGGACCUCACCCUCUCCCCGCCCCUAAAGUCCCAACCCAUCACUCUGGAGCAGGAAGGAGAGCAUCUCACCCUCAAAUCAAACUCAGGCUCCAGCUCUAUUCUGGUGGUUAUGGUCAUUUUACUCAAUAUUGGAGUAGCCAUUCUUUUCAUUCACUUCUUUAUUUAAGCUUAUACAGGUAUGAUCUUAACGAAGACUUAUUGAUAACUACGGUAUAUUAUAUUAUUACUUAACUGGGACGGACAUUCUGUCUACUGACCGGAGCCCGCGGCCUGAGUGACGGACACAGCAGAGCCUUUCUACUGUUGCUGCUGCUGUUUCCAGGUUAUUCUGUCAACAAAGCCCAUUUCAGUUUGAGCAGCGUUUCCUUUUUCAUGUGCUUGUUUUCAGCUUGCAACCACAGACAAAAGAA